CAAUGAUCGUCGUUGGCGAAUACAACUACUUUACGGCCGAAAGUUCUCGUUUAAUAAUAAUAAUUAUUGUCAUACACACGUAUUUUGUGCCGCCGGCCUAUUGCUGGGUGCCGAAGGCUGUUGACAGUUACUACAAUGAAGAAGAUACAAAUACGUUUAAUUUGACGAACAACGAAGACGACGAAGACGACGAAACAUACCUACCACCUGUGCAAGUCGACGACGUCCUUUCAGCUGGGAAAAUGGCCGCGUUUUUUGAGAAGUUGAAUUUACUGCGCCAGCGACGCCGCGAAGACCGUUCGAAAUCAAUAAACUCUCCGCUACAGCAGCCGUUCGGGCUCGUUCGAGUACCUAUUGGAAUGGAAUCACUAAACGAGGCUGUGCCGGCGACGGACUAUAGAGCGAUAGAGGUCGGGAAUCGUGGUGUUUUCGAAAUACGGGAUAGAUCAGCGACAUCAAUAGCAGUGAUUGGCAAGGAGGCGGUGACAAUGGUGACGAAUAACGAUUAUUAUGAGGCGCAGACGACGAAAACGAUCGCAGACGGUUACUUUCUAGAUGCAGCUAGACCUCGAGUCCUGCAAGGGGAUGCAGUCGUCGGAUAUUUGCACAUGGGUUUUCGAAGCGCAAAAUGCUUGUGGCGCCAGUAUCGAGAAGCGUUCACCGAACAGGAAACGUUAGCAGUCCGCAAGCGAUUCAAUAGUUUUGUCCGAUUCUGGACGUUAGUAGUCGCCGUUUCGGUGGUCGCUCUGUGGUCCACGUUCGGAUAUUUUCACGAGCUGUUCUGUUUUUGUGUCAUCGCGCCACCAGCCGACUACGCCAAAGACGUGAAUAGGUAUUUAAUGAUGGUGCCGCCACAUGUAGUAGUGACGAACAAGGGUAAAAUUUUCCGGUACCAGCCGACGGCUGAAGAACGUUUUCUAUGGGAAAGUGCGAAAAGAAUUGCAAAUUUCAAAAUAUAGAUAUUAACUAAGAAACGAAGAACGAUUGUUAGCCGUUAUUAUUUGUAUGUAAUCGCUAGACAAUUCCAUUUAUUCAAAACAUAUACCUAUAUUAAUUUAAUAAAAAAAUAUUUUUUUUAAAUUUAUAUAUUAAGGUCCGUAUUAUAGUUUAUAACAGUGCCUACUGCCUAGGUAGGUUAGGUACCUAUACUAUUAUACUAAUACAAUAGAAUACGACUAUAUAUAUAUUUUAUGAUUAGUAC